AUGCCUCCCUACAAUCUCCGCCGUUCUCCAGAGAAGUCUCGCAAACUUAAGGAGGCUGACGAGAAGACCACUGAAGCUUCCACCCAGAAGUCAGCAAGAUUUGUGAGGAAGGCCUCAAUCAGUUCAAUAAGCACUGUCAGUGACCAGCCGCCGAAAGCUCCGAACUUUCAGACUCUUGAGAUGCUAGGACAGAUGCAACCAUCCCGAGAGCCUCGAGCACGCGACUUCACCGGAUUCCGCGAGGUUGUUAGAUCCCAGGAUGUUGACGACACCGCACAAGGCGUGGAAAAUACUACGGCAACAGAUGAAGAUGACAGCUACGCCACCGUCCUAGAAGCUCAGGGCCCCAGCGCGGGGAACGAGAAACGCCGGGCAACAAACCCAAAUAUAUCUUUCAUGGACAUCGACAGGACGGAUUUUAGCAUGGUAGAUGCUGACGCAUCUACCCCGAGGAGGAAGAUUGACUCCCCUGCCAUCGAGGCCACCGCCGCGAACGACGAUGAGGAAGACCAAUCCAUAUCAUUAGGACAGCUGACACUUUCCGACACCGAAUGCGGUCUGCAUUGCAGCGACGAGGAAGCUGCUCGCCUCCACGCAGAAGCUCCAGACGCGGCGCUAGUGCAACGACAUAGUAUCUUAGAGGAUCUCGAGCGCCUGUAUGAAAAACAGUUGAUCAAGGCAGCCAACGAUGUCGGUUAUAAGCCAUCCCUUAACCAGACUGCCACCGAUCAGUUAAGGUACUUAGAGAGCAUGAAGUACCAAGACCUCGAACUGCGCGGCUUAGACCCUAACUUCGUGGAGGAUCAGCUGAAGUGGGCUAAGUGGGCAGCCAAAGCUGCAGAUGCUGGACUCUUUCAUCGUCCGGACGAGCGAUGUGGAUCGCUCCGAGAGCAGGUCGAGCGGGCUUGUGCGAGUGAGAGCGAGGAGAGGCAGCGGACAGAUUUUCCGAGAUAG